AAUUUAAGAAUAUAAGAUUAUUAUUAAUUAAUGAUUGUUUUACGAGGAAAUUUAAGAAUAUAAUUUUACGACGGUCGUAUGUGUUUUAAACGUUUUCCUGCUUUCGUAAAACGGCUAGCAAUAAAUGUACAAUUAUAGCAAAGAAGGAGUAAGUAUUGUCGAAAAUAAAAUUUACACGAAUCGAAGGAAGGCACGAAAUGUUAGGGAGCUUUUUAAUAUACCAUUGCCAAUACACGUGUAAUUAACGUAUCGUUCUUGUAUUUAAAUGUUCACAAUCUGUUAUGCCAAAUGCUUUCUGUAUUCGUGUAUGCGAAAUAUUUAUUACGAUGCGUGAUUGCAAAUUUUUUUUAAGAAGAUAUAGAUAUCAAUUCAUGCGUAUAAUGUCCAAUGAAAAUUCUUUUCUUGUCUCAUCAAUCAAUGAAGUUUUUGUUUUCGAAUCUUAUGCAGUAAGUUUGUUGAAACGAAUUUCGGAACGUAAUUACUUGUAUUUGUUUCAUUGAUGUAAUUACUUUAAUCACAAGGAUACGAUGAAUUUAAACGCAAUAGUAAAAGUCGUCGGGGACGGUAAAAUUAGCAGAUGUAUAUAAAGAAGAAAUUGUUAUUACAUACCUCUGUGUUGCAUAUGCAACACUCCCUUCCUACCUGUGAUUUGUAAAAUUUACUAGUCAGCUUACUGCAUUUACUACAAAUAAAAUAUUGUAAGAAAAUAAUCGCUAUGUACAACUAUUUUAUUAUAAUCAUCGAGUAUAGAAAAUACGAUCGUUACUCGGAAAUAUAACAACAUCGAAACACCGGUAAAGAAAAAAAGAAAGAAAGAAAGAAAGAAAUAUCGAAUAAAACGAAAGAAACUGCAGUUAAGCAAAUUUAUCAUUGUUAAAAAUUUAUUGUUAUGUUGAUUGUUAUAUGACCGAGUACUGUGCAGCCUUCUUAGGUCUUGAAUAUUUAAAUGAUAUCGAAAAAGCACCGAUUGUAUGUACCUAUAAGCAUACAUAUUUUCGCAUUGUAAAAUUCUUCAAAUUCAAGUAUUCGAAAUAAAACGCAAUGAAUCAGGAUACGCAUUCAUGCUUUUUAAUGUACCUGAAUUGAACAUAGAAAUUUGAAUUUGUACGAAAGCGCUCUUCUUGGUUCGACAAGUUCGCCACUAGAUGGCAGUGAAAAUCAAAUAUUUCUCCCUAGAGAUUAAUUCCCUAGAUUUUUCUUAGAAAUUAAAGUAGUGAUUAUAACGACACUUUCUAUCGGUUUGUCUGUAAAAGUUUGUUUGCACCAUCAUGUCGGGGAAAAUUUCGUGAAUUUUUGGCAAAUUACUAGGAUUAGAAAGUAAAAUUUGAUUAAACUAAAGUUUAGUAGACAAACGAUCACGUAUACGUAACAAUACCUUUUCCUUUGCUUUUUCUUUGAUUGUGUAACGAAAUUACUCGGCGCGAAAAUGACACAUAAAGAGGUGAAAAUUUGUAAACAUGACGAUGCUAUCAUUAAUUCAAGGAGCUGAAUGAAUUUAUCUCCGUGAAUGAUUAAUAAUAGAAGAGCGAUGAUUUGAAUUUUUGAAGAAUAAAAUACAUGUCGAAUGUAAUAAACGGUAUAGUGUUUGUGAUAUUUGAAAGAAAAUGAAAUUCUGACACCAAGCAAAGUUUAACUUAUAAUUAUUGUAAAGGGGCUAAACUACAUUUAUAUUUUUAUAAAAGUAUUUUUUUUUUGUACAAUGGAAUCUGACAGUUCUGUCAUGUUGGAAUCAUGCGGGGAACAUUCAAUUUUAAUUCAAACAGUAAAAGAUAUGGUGAAUGAGAAUACGCGUGCUGAAUUAGAAAAUGAGGAAGAAGGAUUUUUCGUCGUAACAGAUGUUCAGGAUGAACAACAAAAUAUGACGGAAGUAUCAAACGAAGAAUCAACAGUAACACAGUCUGAUGAUCAGUUUUCAUGGUCUAAUUUAUGUAGAAUAUGUGCUAAUGUUAAUGAUCAUUUAAUUCCAAUAUUUGAUGGAGAAGGUUUACAACAUGACUUAUGUAAUAAAAUACAUAAAUAUCUACCAAUAUGUGUAUCUGAAAAUGAUGUACUCCCAUUGCAAUUAUGUUAUCAUUGUGCUGCUACAUUACUAGCCUGGCAUGAAUUAUCAGAAGGAUGCCUGAACGCAGAAAGAAGAUUAUUGGAGAUGCAAGAUGCUUUCCAGGAAAAGCAGGGAUCAGAAGGAUUAGAAACUUCUACGCAGGACACAUCUGUACCUAAUAUAACAGAAUCACUUCAUCAACAGCAAGAAAUUGUUGAAAAGGAUGAAGUCUCUGAGAAUUCAGCUGUUGAUGAUUCUGGCAGGUUUGGUCUACCUCAGAAGAGAUCCUUCGCGGCAUAUUGCUCGUGGCAGCAAACAUUCAAUGAGACGAACUUGAAAGAAAGUAGAAAAGAACGAAUUAGCGACAAUGAGGAUAAUUCAUUUGAUAGUUUUUACAAUGCAGAUCUAGAUAUGAGAAAAAUGGUGAAAGUAAUGCUACCUCCUUUAAAUGAAAUUGCUACUUCAUUGAAAAACCAAUACACGUGCAAACACUGUUGUCGAAUCUUCGAAGGGAAAUACCACUUGACGCGACAUAUACCCGAAUGUAAAAGCACGACCGGAAGCUCCACUGAAUGCAGCGCACCAAAUGCAGAAGAUACAAACAAAGGGGACAAAGAUCGAGAAGAUUUGAAAUGCAAGAAAACCAAACUUGGAACAUAUCCGUGUAUGUACUGCGACUAUACGGUCAAGCAAAAGAAACUGCUGGAGUUACAUUUAUUGGACUCGCACGCGGAGUUUGCCAGAAAGAAGGAUAAAAAGUUGAAAUGUGCCGACAGAGAAAUGGUGAUGCGCGCCAAAAUGGAAGUCGACGGGAAGAUCUAUUAUCAUUGCAACGAGUGUGGGAAGAAUCUCUAUUCGCCUUACACGUUCUUCUGGCACGUGCGUAUACACACCGGGGAACGGUCGUACACUUGUCACCUCUGUGGCAAACAGUUUCGCAUAAAUCAAGGACUGGCGAGACACUUGCGAGACACGCACGCCGGCAUAAAGAACUUUCCCUGCGACGUUUGCGGCCGAAUGUUUUCGACGAAACGAAGCGCGGAGGAUCACAAACGCAUCCAUACCGGCGAACGACCAUACAUUUGCAACAUUUGCGGGAAGUCGUUCAAGCAGAAAGCCUCUCUGUUCGUGCACAAUCGCACUCACUCGGACGUGUUCCCCUUUAAAUGCAAUUACUGCGAUCAGAACUUUCGCACGAGGCCGUCGCUCGCGUUGCACAUAAAGAAACACACCGGCGAGAAACCGCACGCUUGCGAUAUAUGCAGCCGACGUUUCCGUAUAAAAUACGAGCUGAAACGUCAUCGUUUGAUUCACUUCGACGAUAAACCAUGGCAGUGCACAGAGUGCAACCUCUCGUUCCGACAGAAACGCUAUUUAGUUAAUCAUAGGAAAGUUAAUCACAAUCCGCGGUUGACGUGAAGCAAUGGAGGAAAAUCUGAUUCUAAUAUUGACCAAUUGCAAUUAAGAAAGCAAUUAAGAAAUAACUUGGGAAUCACUUCUGAAAAAUGUAAAGGACAUGCGUCUGCGACGCGAACCUUGAAACAAUGAAGUGGAAUUGGUUCUUUUGAAAAAAGUAAUCAACGUACUAUAAAUACGACCGUUGUGAGGAAGUACUUCCAUUCUCGUAUAAUUUUCUAAUUCAUCGAGAUAUUUAUGCAAGUGAAAGAAAUUACACGCGUGCGUCACGAUUGCGGGGAUUGCGCAUUCAUUUCAGCGUUUGGCUUGAAACAGACGUGUUUAUAUUAAAGAAUCUCGUUUGUAAUAUAUGCGACUGAUGUUUGUCAUCCAGAGCAUCAUAAGAGAUAAGCACAGAAGAAUUCACACAGAAGGCAUCUCUGCACGUUCACAAAUCAUUCCUCAGUUCUCCCGCUCGUAAAUCCUCAAAGCUUUAAGGGGAAAACAAGAAUUAGAUAAACAUAUUUUCAUAAUGAUGUCAAGCGAAAACCUUAUUCUUGCGACACUACCUGUGGCAGAUAAUUUCUAAUACUAAAGACAGUCAUUAGUCAUUAUAAACGUAUCCGUAACAAUCAAAGGUCUUAUAUUUGUCCCGUGUGCAAUGC